GAGCAGGGCGGUCCCAGCCGCGAUACAAGGGAGCCCUGGCCUGCAGGCCUCUGCAGCCGUCUCCUGGUCCGUGCGCCCCGUUACCCAUUGCCGGUGUGGACUCCAGAAGGAAAGCUUUUUUUUUCUGCCCAGCUUCCACCUUUAACCCUUCUACCUGGGAGUGUCCCAGACUAUAAGCUCAGUCCCAAGAGAGCAAGGCCCAGAAAGAGAUCAAGAUGGGGUUUAUAUUUUCAAAAUCUAUGAAUGAAAACAUGAAAAAUCAGCAGGAGUUCAUGCUUACGAAUGCCCAACUUCAGCUGGAGAGGCAGUUAACAUUGCAGAAUGAAAUGAGGGAAAGACAAAUGGCCAUGCAGGUUGCUUGGUCUCGGGAAUUCCUCAAAUAUUUUGGAACAUUUUAUGGCAUUACAACCAUCUCUUUAACAGCUGGAGCAAUAAAACAAAAGAAACCAGCCUUCCUCAUCCCUAUAUUUCCAUUAAGCUUUAUCUUCAUCUAUCAGUAUGACUUGGGCUAUGGUACUCUUCUACAACGAAUGAAAGGUGAAGCAGAGGACAUACUGGAAACAGAAAAGAGUAAGUUGCAGCUGCCAAAAGGAAUGAUCACUUUUGAAAGCCUUGAAAAAGCCAGAAGGGAACAGAGUAAAUUCUUCAUGGAUAAAUGAAACCAAGUUUACCCACUAACUCUCAAAGCACAGAAAUUUUGACUUGAAUCAUGGUUUUUCACGAUUUUUU